AUGGUGCAUAAUUUGAAGGGAUGGAGAUGGUUGAGCAACGAUGAAGAAAGUGAAUGGCUUGGGAAGGGGAAGGGGUUUCAAGAACGGGUGUUGCUAAAUAUACCCUUUUUCUUCAAAUUUUUACUGGCUACACCCCUCCCCUUUGAAUUAUCACGGUUUAUCAUAGUUCGACAUCAAGAGUUAUACAAAAAGAUGUCCGUAUUUUCUACCGAUCAGGAGUUCAAAUCUCGUGAAGAGAUGAUGGAAUGGGUUCAAAACACCGCACGCGAUGUUGGCGAUGUUAUCGUCACUAAGAGAUCAAGAACAAAGCCAAAUGGUUAUUCUAGAGUCAUACUAAUGUGUGAACGUGGUGGUGUGUAUAGGUCUGUUAAAGGUACAAGUAAAGCUACUGGCACCAAAAAAAUAAACUGUCCAUUUGAAUUGAUCGGAGCAUAUACAAAAAUGAAUGAUUGUUGGAAGUUAGUUCAUAUACGAGAUGAACAUAAUCAUCCGCCCGCACAACAUAUGGAGGGGCAUGCAUUUGUAGAGCGAUUGUCACGUAAUGACUUUCAAUUAGUAGCGGAGUUGACAAAGAAGCAUGUGGCGCCACGGGAUAUUCUUGGUACUAUAAAAGAGCAGAAUGGAGAUAAUGUCUCUACCCUUAAAACCGUAUACAAUGCACGCAAUAAAAUUCGAAAGAUAAACCAUAAAGGAAAAAGUCCAAUGCAGGUUGUUAUGUCUCGUUUACAAGAAAAUGGUUAUACUUAUUAUACUUCCAUCAAUAGUAUUUCAAAUGAGUUGGAAUCGUUAUUUUUCGCUCAUGAGACAUCGUCAGACUUAUUGCAUGCUUUCCCACAUGUGAUGCUUAUGGAUGCCACGUAUAAGACAAACAAGUAUAAUAUUCCCUCAUUGCUAAUAGAUUUUGUGUGA